AUGAACUGCCUAAGUGAAGAGCGCCAUUUUCAAAACAUUGUCAAAAAAUUAAAAAACUAUAGCAUAUAUGACGAAAUAGACAAAAACAAACUGGACAAAAAUAUUAUAAAAAAAAUAUCAAUUUUAUAUGACUUGUUCAGGCAUAUAAAUAAGGAACGAAAUAGUAAUACAACUGAUUUUAUAUAUACUAGUGAUAUAAAAUAUUCAUUAAAACAUGAUGAGUUUGUACGUAUAAGGUUUCAUAUUACCCCUAUAGAAAGAAAAGGAAUAAAUUCCCUAGAUGAAAAUAAUUAUUCAUAUAUUCAAAAUUUAAACAAUUUAGUAAGUAAUAUAUAUAAUCCGUCAAUUUAUGACCAGUUCAUAAAAAAUCAAAUAGAGGAAGACAAGGAGAAAUUACAAAUUAUGAUAAAAUGUAUUAACGAAAUUGAAUGUGCAUAUAUUUAUAAAUACCGGAGUGAUAACAAUAUCAAAUUAACUUUUGAUGUAUUUUGUCAUAAUUUUUAUGUUUUUCUUUCAUAUGAUUAUAAAAAAAAGUUAAGUAUUAAAAAUUUUAAAAAUAAGUAUAAUCAAAUAAAACAAGAUAACGAGUUUGAAUAUUCUACCACUCAGAAUAUUAUGCAGCUUAAUUCAAUCGGUCUGAUUUUAAAAAAUAAUGACAACUCCUUUGAACAAGAGUAUUUGGAAAAACUAAAUCCAUAUAUAUUUGAGUCCGAGGCAAUCAUAAAAGAACUUCACUCAAAAAAGUAUGCCCCCAUAAAAAAGCUUGAACUGGAAAACAAUUUUUUUAUCAAAAAUGAUAAUUAUGAACAAGAUAUGCGCAGGUUGAUCCAAGUGGAGAAAAUAAAGAACGAGUACAGACGCUUAAAAAAUAACAUAAGAAAAAAUUUUUGA